CACUUUUCAAGGACUCGAUCCUCAUUCUGUGUCCCAAAGGAGUCCAUUAAAGGGAGACCGUCGUAUCAUCCGUUCAGAAUGACCAUCCGCGAGGACCUCGUCGCCUCGGCGGCCAAAUUCCUACAAGACCCAAGCGUCGCCUCCUCUCCGGUCGAGAAGAAAGUCGCCUUUCUUCAAGCCAAGAACCUAACCCAAGACGAGAUCAACGCCGCGCUCGCGCGGGCGGGCACACCCGCUCCCGCGCAGGCGUACCCACCACAGCCCCAGCCAGCGUCAGCCGUUGCACAACCGCCCCAAUACUAUGGCCAAUAUCCACCACAAUAUCCGCCGUAUGGCUGGCAACAACCCGUUCCUCAGCCUCUUCCGCGCCGAGACUGGAGGGACUGGUUCAUCAUGGCAACGGUGGUGAGCGGGGUGUCGUAUGGACUGUAUAGUCUGGGGAAGCGCUAUGUCUACCCCCUUAUUGCCCCACCCACGCCGGAGCGGCUCGAGCAGGACAAGAAAUCGAUCGACGAACAGUUUGAGAAGACAUUCGCUCUCGUUGAGCAACUGGCCAAGGACACGGAGACCCUCAAGGCUGCAGAGAAGGAGCGCACUGAGAGGUUGGACACGGCGCUUGCCGAACUCGAGACGACCAUCAGCGAGCUCAAGUCGGCGAAUAAGAGGCGCGACGACGAAGCUCAGCGGAUGCGGGACGACUUGCAGAACCUCAAGGACUCGAUUCCGCGGGGGCUCAACAACCAGAAGGACCUGACCGAUACUAGGUUGCGCGAGGUCAACGCAGAGCUCAAGAGCCUCAAGACGCUCAUCACGCAGCGCAUGAACCCGACAGCGACGUCGAGCACCAUCAGCAGCUACCUACGACCGCAGGCCAGCGGGAGCGCGACGCCAAGCAGCCCGGCGGCCACGCCCGCGCCGGGGGAGAACGCAAGCACCGAUGCCAAGGAGGAGCCGAAGCCGGCUGGGCAGAGCACUCCCCUCAACGGCGCCCGUCCCUCGCCGUUCAAUAGUGGGAUUCCGGGCAAGGCCUCGAUCCCCGCGUGGCAGCUGAUGGCGUCUAAGAGCGCCGAGCCGUCGAGCAAACCGACCGCGAAUGGCACGGGCUCAGAGGGCAGCAGCGGGGCGCAGGAAGAAGCUUCGGGCAGCGCCUAAGAAGUUAAUCGUCUAGGACUACGAGUGUAUUGAAAAGGGCAAGGACCCUGCAGGAGUGCCAUACGCAUGCAUCGGAACCUGCGGUGCCUGUCCAUGCAGUGCACUCACUGUUAACGACACCCUGGGAUGACGGAGCUGUAUCAAUGGUUUUCGCGCUCGGGCGCGUUGAUGUGUGUACAGAAUAUGCUGGCGGGAAUGACGGGGCUUAAUCGUCAGAUGGUCCAUAUAGGCUUAUUUCCGGACAUUAAUUGCUUUCUUACUC